AAGAUUUAAAUUAGCCGCCGAUUUUUUUUCAAGUCCGUUCAUCAAUAUCGUGAUGCUCAUCAACAUAUGUUUAUUGCCGAUUCUUGUUAUUGUUGAGUUUGUUUUUUUGUUCCAGAUUAUUUUUAUAUAAUUUCUAGUUUUAGAAUUUAUUUAAAAUCGUAAUCAAUUAAUAAGAAAAAAAUGAAUAAUAAAAAUGAAUUUGAUCAACAUUAUGAGGUUGUUUUGACUGGAACAGAUUUUAUAUCAUCAUUAUUAUCAGCUGCAUUUGCACGAAUCGGUAAAAAAGUUUUGCAUCUUGAUUGCGAAAAACAUUACGGUAAAGAAUGGCGUUCGAUGAAAUUUACCGAUCUUUUACUUUGGAUGAUCAGAUGUCGAACGCUACAAUCAUCGACAUUGGAGCAAAGCAAAGAUGACGAAAUACCACCAUUGGAUUCUUCUACCAAAGAUCAUUUCAUCGCGAUGAAUCGAACGAAUCCAUUUUCGAAUGUCGAAAUCGAUUUCUUUUUAUUUGAUGAUCUAGUUCAAUAUAAAAAAUUUUUCGAACAUCUUUUUAAAACAAAAUGUACAACAGAAUUCUUGGAUGAAUUCAUGAGUCAAUGCAUACAAAAACUUCAAAACGUUCAGACAUAUGAUGAAGCAUGCCAAUUAUUGGAAGAAUUUAAAGAUGGUCAUCCUUUGAUUCACCGAUUAGACAAUAUGUUUACCUUUGAUCUUUGUCCUCGGUUUCUGAUUGCAAAUGAAAAACUUGUGAAAUUGCUGAUCGAUUCAACAGUAACUCGGUAUAUCGAAUUCAAGAAAAUAUCACGAUUAUUGACAGCAAUGACAGUUCCUCAAACCGAUGAUAAAAUGAGGAAAAGUAAUAAUAGUGAAGAUGUUAAAAUGGAAAUUGUCGAAGUGCCCUGUACACGAAAUGAUAUAUUCAUAUCGAACAUUAUUUCUCCGAUUGAAAAACGAUAUCUUAUGUCAUUUUUGGAAAAAUGUUAUCGCCUUGAACGACAUGGUGAUUGGUAUCGUGAAUUCUCGGACAGACCAUUCUCCGAAUUUCUUAAGACACAAACGUUGACGGAUAAAUUACAAGAAUUUAUCACCAAUACAUUACUUAUGCAAUCGCAGCAGAUUCAAACGGAAAAUGCGUUGAACAAAAUCCAUUUUUUUCUUCGGUCAUUUGGACGUUUUUGUGAUCGACCAUUUUUAUUUCCAUUGUAUGGCUCUGAAGAUAUAAUCCAAGCAUUUUGUCGUUAUGGUGCUGUUUGGGGAGGUUUAUACUGCCUUGGGGUUUCGAUUCACGGCAUUAUCAUUGAUAAAAAGGAUGAACAUUCGAAAAAACAAUGCAAAUCCAUAAUGGUUAAUCGAUCUCUAAUUGAAUGUGAUAAUUUAAUCACUGAUUAUCGAUUUGUGGACAUACAACCGAUUCAACUUAAAGAGCAGAAAAUAUUGGCACGUGCAAUUAUAUUGAAUACCAAAUCAAUCAAAGCUAUCGAUCCUGAGAAUGAACUAGGUGACUUGAGCUUUAUUCAUUUGCCACCUAAAUUUACCGGUCUUGACAGCUCAGUGUAUUGUUUCGAAACCGAUUAUUCUAGUCGAGUCUGUCCUCGACAUUUUUAUCUACAAUAUUUUUGGUGCGAUUCUUCUUCUGAUCGAACCCCUAAACAAGUGCUUGAACCAGUGAUUAAAAAGCUUCUCUCCUUGGAUAGAGAAACACAAACCAGUGAUUUACCAUUUGAAUUACAAGGAAAGAUACUUUUAUCUGUUUAUUAUAAUUAUUGUUCAGAAAUUUAUGAUAAUAACAAUGAAGAUAUGCCUACAAAUAUUAAAUUUAUAUCAAUGCCUAUCAACGAAUUUAAUUAUGAAAAUGCAGUUGCUGAAGCUGAAAAAAUCUUCAAAGAAUUAUAUCCAAAUGAAGAAUUUUUUCCACACACAGAAAAACCAGAUGAAAAUCAACAACUCGAUGAUGAUGGUGAUAAUGAUAAAAUUGAUGAUGAUGAUGAUGAACAAGACAAUGAUUCUAUGGAAUCGUGAAAUGCAACCAAAAGAAAAAAACAUUCAU